CCUCCGAUAACGACGAGACGAGCAGCGUUUUUUAUCUUACACUACUUUUUCUGAGGUUUUGCGCUCAGUCCAUCGUCUGCUGCGCUCGGGUCAAGUUUACUCACGAUAGCAUGAGAAAGAUAAAAUUUUGGUUGUUUCUGAUCACCAUACUUUUAUCGGUGACGAUCACAGUCUCCAAAAACUACAAAUGUUCCGUGAUCAACGAGGCCGGAUUCUGUUUUCUCGAGAAUGUCGUCAUCAACAGUACGUCCGCUGUGCAGAACGUCGAAUUUCCCAAGCAUCCUGUGCUGCUGAUUAAAUCCGGAUCCAUUCCGAAUUUUUCGAAGGAUAUUUACGACCGGCUCAACGGAGUACGUUUGCUACACAUGUACAACCAUACUAGCAUCCGUAAGCUUCUGAUUGCAUCCCGAAAUCUAACGGAAAUCAACGUUCAGCGCAAUGGAUUGCUGGAGUUCGAUGUGGAACCUCAGGAAGACCGAAUCCUAAAAACUCUAACCAUUGUUCAUAACUCCAUCACAAUCGUUCCGAAAACAAUUCGCUAUCUGGAGGGACUGGAAAAGUUGUAUCUGUAUAAUAACUCGAUCGAGUAUAUCGAUUUGGAACUAUUCAGCAACGCAUCCGCACUGAAGGUACUGUCUCUGUACGAUAACAAAAUCAAAGUGUUGGACUCCAAACUGGGACUGCGAUUCGCCCAUCUUCAAACGCUGUCGCUAAGCAAGAAUCGACUGUCCUACAUUCCAUACUUCUUCGAUGCAUUCCCCGUCCUGAAUGCGAUUUCUCUGCGUAAAAAUCUCUGGAAUUGUCGCUGGUUAGAGGCUGCGGUAAACCAUAUGCAGCAGCAACGGAUUCAACUCGCACGGAGGGACUCCGCCUGUCGGGACCGCUGGGUUGGGGAUAUUUGCUGCUACAAAACGGUUUGGGACUUCGUUUUUCAAUUGCAGCACGAGGAGUUGCACCAGGAACGGGAAGAGCUGCGGAAGCUGUUCCAGCAAAAUCAGGAUCUCCGUCAUUUGGUGGAACGGUUGGCCGAAAGUGUUCAUAAGCUUGAAGAGGGCAGUAAUAAAAUGUGAAGCCUCAGGAAUUACGAGAACGGGGUUUUUACGUGCUAAAUUUUUGGUAAGAUAAUCCUAAUUUUAGCAGAGUGCAAGUGCAUUUUUUGCUUAUCGCAGUUAAAUGCACAAUAUGGAAUUCGUCGAGACCCGUCACUAGUAGCGGUUUAGUGUUUGUUGAUAAGAAAGCAUUAUGUGGAAAGGUUAUUGACUGCGAGAAAAAAAACAGAUGGCAGAAAAGACUUACGGCUUGUAUGGCUUCGUAAUUCUAAAUAAAAACCACAUUUUUUUAAUGGAAA